AUGGUGACUGCUGCUCAAUCAACAACUCUCCAGUUGGAGCUGGCGGCGGCCUUGAUUAUCACAGCAUACAAGGUUGCCUCUGGCACAAAGUGUGUUGGAAGCUUUGUGAUGCUGCUCAGUUACUGGGCACAACUCUCAGGCCCUCUACAGAUGCUUGUUCAUGGAUUUAGAGAUUUUGCCAAAGAGAUGGUUGAGGCUGAAGAGUUGAUGAAGGUUUUGCACCAGGACCCAGCCAUUACUGACAGUCCCAGCGCUCAACCUCUGGUUUGCAAAGAAGAAGAUUUUAUAGAUUUUAAGAAGGUUAGAUUCUCUUAUGAUGGGGAGAGAAUAGUCUUGAAAGAUAUCAACUUUCAUGUGCCCGCUGGCAAAAAGACCGCCAUUGUUGGAAAGUCUGGGGGAUGAAAAUCAACAAUUCUAAGCCUGCUCCACCGGCUGCGAGAUCCUACCGCUGGUGUUAUCAGCAUUGAUGGACAGGUUUU